AUGGAUCUGGGCAAGAAGCAAAAAUGGGGAUUUCGAAGUGAAAGAGGUGAAGAAAUUUCUGCGAGGAUACCCAUGCCGAUAGCUCUCCGUGUAAGGAAUUGUAGUGUGGAUUCGAAUGGUUGUGUGAUGUGUAAUGAAGGAGAUGAGACGGUAGAACAUCUUAUUUGCUCAUGUGCGACUGCGGUGGGGGUUUGGCAUCGACAAUCUGUAUGGUGCAAAAUUCCACCCAUUAGCAUCAAAGACAUCACUGAAGUGGAGAAGUUUGUUGGUCUUGGAAGAACUGCAAGGAAGGUGUUUAAGAAAGUUCUUUUUGUCUCAUGUUGGUGUAUUUGGAAAGCUAGAAAUCCGAUGGUUUUUGAUAAUGAAAGAUCGGACCCGGAUAAAAUUUUCCAAGAGAUUCAAUCCAUUGGUUUUCUAUGGUAUAAGAAUAGAUCAAAGAAUUAG